AAUUAACAAUACGUAUGCGUCAGUUUACUUUUACAAAAUUACUAUAAAUGGGAAGAAAAUUUUAUAUUGUCAUAUUUAUACUAUUAUUAAUUUCAAUGUUUAUGGGUUAUUUAUACGUUUCUGUCUUGCCUUCUGAAUUGAAACUUAGACUUGGCUUUCACGUUGAAGAACAGUUAAAUCCAGAAGGGGAAGAACCAAUAAUUGUAUGGUGGAGUUUCUUUUCAAAACACAAUACAAGUUUUUAUGCAAGCUGUGGAGAUGUUAAAUGCUUUAUAACAAAUAAAAAAGAGUACCAAAACAAUGAUAGAACUAAGGCUUUCAUGUUCGAUGGCACAUUUCUUAAACCGAGCGAUUUUCCAUUGCCGCGUGAACCAGAUCAUUUAUGGGGUCUAUUUCAAGAAGAAUCCCCUAAGAAUAAGUACUUACUUUCACAUUCUGAAGUCAUGGAACUAUUCAACAUUACCAGUACAUUUAAGAGAGACUCAACUUUUCCGAUAUUACUUCGUGAUGUACAAAGUAUUGAAUGGUUAGAAAGUAGUAAAUAUUUAGUAUCAACGCCCAAGAAAAACAAAUACUUAACAAAACUGUCACCAGUAGUUUAUGUUCACAGUGACUGUAAUCCACCAUCUGGAAGGGAUGAUUUUGUCGAAGAGUUGAUGAAAUAUAUUAAAGUAGACUCUUAUGGAAAAUGUCUGCACAACAAGGACUUACCGAAAAGUCUUACAGAUCCGCUUUCUGGAAUGUUUGAUUCAAAGUUCUACAAGUUAAUGGCUAAAUACAAGUUCACCCUUUCAAUGGAGAAUUCUAUAUGUGAUGAUUACGUUACAGAGAAGUUAUGGAGAACUUUACACCUCGGUUCGGUUCCUAUUGUUUUAGGUUCUCCUAAAGUACAGGACUUUCUUCCGUCAAACCAUUCAGCUAUAAUAAUAAAGGAUAUAAGCUCACCUAAGAAAAUAGCUGAUUUUAUACAGCUCUUGAACAGGAAUGAUGACAUGUAUAAUGAUUAUACAAAGUGGAAGAAGACGGGAGUCACCAAUACAUAUUUAAAACAUGUACUUCAAAAACGAGAUUCCAUGGAACCCCAUUUGCGCUUCCAGUGUAAUAUUUGUAAAAUUCUACAUGAAAACAAAAGGAGAAAGGCAUCAGGACUACCUAUAUUUAGUUACAGAGCAAAUCAAAGUCAUUACGGGUGCCCUGGUCCUGUGAAUUUUGAUCCAAAAAUAAAGCCGAAACCUUUCGAAGGUGUAUAUAGACAUUUAUAUUACCAGUCCGUCUAUGAGGCCAAGGCUGUAUCCCAUUUUGCAAAGCUGAAUAGGAAAGUGACUUCAAAUGAAUUCAACGAAUACUUAUCUACAAUUCAUAACAACGUAUUGUAAAAGUAAGCAUAUAAAGAAUAGUACCCUAUCUCAUAUAAAAAAUGUUACCAUGAUAUAAACUGUCUAAGUUAGAAAAUAAAAGUUUAUUUUAUA